CUCUGAACUUUUCAACCCCAUUUUCCUCCUCUCUUUCCAAAUCUCUCCCCACAAAACGCUACUGUCUGUUUGUUCAGUAGAACUACCGAACAAACAUAUGCUACGUACGACACAGCACACGUAUUGUAUUGCCCCCAUCACAGAAAAAUCCAAAAUCCACCACUGUAAUAGGAGUAAUAAUGAAACAAAUCAAACCACCAACCCCCUCCCCUCUCUCACUCCUCCCUGGGCUCCCCCCUUCCUCUCUCUCCCCCCUUCCCCAAAUGGCCAUCAAAUCCAUCAUCCGCACUCUCUCCUUCAUCUUCUUCUUCGCCCUCGUAAACUCCCAGCAAUAUACCGAUCCCGAAUGCGCCGGCCGCCGGAUCCACAUCCGCGACCUCCCCCCACAAUUCAACCUCGACCUCCUCUCCAACUGCUCCCACUACCCUCUCUCCGACGACUUCUGCCCCUACCUCCCCAACCACGGCCUCGGCCACAAGACCCACAACCAGACCCGCUCCUGGUUCCGCACCGACCCCUUCAUGCUCGAGCUCAUCUUCCACCGCCGCAUGCUCGACUACCCCUGCCUCACCCCCGACCCCCGCCGCGCCGACGCCGUCUUCCUCCCUUACUACGCCGGCCUCGAUUCCCUCCGCUACCUCUACGACCCCAACCACUACAACUCCAGCUUCCAACACGGCCUCAACCUCUUCCGAUUCCUCAAGCACCGGGAUUCCCCCGGAAUCUGGGAGCGCAACCGCGGCCACGACCACUUCUUCGUCGCCUCCCGCCCCGCCUGGGACCUGUCCCAGCCCUUGACAAACGACCCCCCCGUGUGGGGCACCUCCCUCCUCGAACUGCCCGAGUUCUACAACGUCACCGUUUUGACGUUCGAAUCUAGAGCCUACCCGUGGCAGGAGGUCGCCAUUCCCUACCCGACGUCGUUCCACCCGCCGAACACCGCUUUGCUGGAGUCGUGGGUGGGACGGGUCCGCCGGUCGAGGCGGACCACGCUGAUGCUGUUUGCCGGGGGAGGUGGGGUCUCCGCCUCUCCCAACAUACGGCGGAGCAUUCGGAUGGAGUGCGAUAACGGCACUGGCGUCAAUGGUGGUGAUGGCGGUUCGUACUCGACAUUGUGCGAGUUUGUGGACUGUUCCAACGGGGUUUGCGAACACGAUCCCAUUAGGUUCAUGAGGCCGAUGCUGCAGGCCACUUUCUGCUUGCAGCCCCCGGGGGACACGCCAACCAGGCGGUCCACGUUCGACGGGAUUCUGGCCGGGUGCAUACCGGUGUUCUUCGAGGAGCAGUCGGCGAAGAAGCAGUACAGGUGGCACUUGCCGGAGGAGCAGUACGGGGAGUUUUCGGUGUUCAUACCGAAGGAGGAUGUGGUCUUCAAAGGGCUGAGGAUUUUGGAUGCGUUGAUGGGGAUUCCGAGGGGUGAGGUUAGGAGGAUGAGAGAGAAAGUGAUCGAGUUGAUACCGAGGGUUAUGUACAGGAAGCAUGGGAGCUCGUUGGGGUUGAGGAGUAAGAAAGAUGCAUUUGAUAUUGCAGUUGAAGGUACUUUGGAGAGGAUCAAAUCUAGACUUCAAGAAGUUUCAUCAGUACACUAAAAAACCUAUAUAGUCUUGUGUUUCUUUCUUCUUGUAAAUCUACAUGUGCCGUAAGUGUUUUGGUUAUGCAAUUAUUCACCUAUUUAUUUCACCCCAGACGGUGUUAAAACCACUACAUGUCUUGUAUUCAUUGAAAAUAAUGAUUCAUGCAAUUUUGGGCAGUA